AUGACUUUGCCCGCAGUUACUACAUCUGAAGAUAGCCCCAUCUCAGGGAUCCCGGCCUCGGAGUCCUCUGCAGCGGAAGAGAAUAGAAUCUUGCGUCUGAGGGUGAUGGAGAUGUGGGAUGCAUGGACAAAUGGAAAAGAACCCUCGAGCGCCAUCCUUGAAUUUCCUGAGUUAUUCCCAAGGUCAACGGGUACUUCUAACGUUCCAAUCAGUCACCCGAACGUCCCGUUGGGGAAGCCUACUAUAUCUGCUCACUAUGUGGGAGGCACUUCUGAGCCCGCAGUCCCGAGGCCUGUGUUUGAUCCAUCGGCCUUCACUUACCAAACUCCUACUUACCAGCCAGAACUUCCGCAAUACCCCACAUAUGCCUACCCUCAUCCACCAACAUAUGAGUUUACACCAGGACAAGACAAAACCCCUAAAGUCACAGAGCAAGAUGAGAUGGGCAAGAAAAUGAGAAGCCUUGAACAGAGCUUAAAGAACAUGCAAGGUUUGAGCGGGAAAAAGAGUGUCUCCUAUACAAAUCUGUGUAUGUUCCCACAUGUACACUUGCUGUCAGGGUUCAAAACACCAAAGUUUGAAAAGUAUGACGGGCACGACGACCCCAUUGCUCAUCUGAAGAAGUAUUGCAAUCAGUUACGGGGGGUCGGUGGCAAAGAAGAAUUGUUGAUGACAUAUUUUUGGGAGAGACUAAUCGGCAUCGCCUCAGAGUGGUAUAUGGAUCAAGACAUCUCACGUUGGCAUAUCUGGGAUGAUCUUGCCCAAUACUUUGUUCGACAGUUUCAAUACAACAUAGACAUUGCGCCAAAUAGGAACUCUCUAACAAAUCUAAAGAAGAAACCCUCAGAAAAUUUCAGAGAAUAUGCAAUUAAGUGGCGCAAACAAGCUUCAAGAGUGAAACCUCCAAUGGAUGAGAUAGAAAUGGUCACUGUCUUCCUGCAAGCCCAAGAGCCCGAUUACUUUCAGAAUAUGAUGUCGGCCAUGGGAAAACCUUUUGCAGAGGCCAUCAAAAUUGGUGACAUGGUAGAACACGGUUUGAAAACAGGUAGGAUUUUGAGUCAGGCAGCCAUCAGAGCAACCUCCCAAGCCAUCCAAGGCGGGUCUGGAGGAAUGGCAAAUAAUAGGACAAGAGAAGAAAAAACCAUGGCAGCAUCAGGGGGAAGAAGAUACCGGGCCCGUAGACCUGUGUUCUCUGAAAUAACCCCUCAACACUACAAUCCUCAUUCUGAUAUGGUCUAUGCUCCACCACUUUAUGCGGUUAUGAAUGCUCAACCUUUCAGUCGACCACAACCACAGGCUAACAGAAAUCAGCCUCUAUUCCAAAGAAACCAGCCUCCUCACCAAAACCACUAUAAUCCUCGACCUUCCCAGAAUAACUUCCGUCCUCGGGAACCACCCAGGAGACCCAACUAUACACCAAUCGGUGAACCCUACUCCACCCUGUUCCCUAAGCUUGUAGAAGGGCACGAUACAAGCAACUAUUGGACAUUGAAACAAGCGGUAGAGAACUUGUUAGAGCAAGGGAAAAUUGUGUUGAAAGAUGAGGAUGUCCCAAAUGUGACCAAUAAUCCGCUGUCCGCUCACAACAAUGGGCCGAUAAUCGGGAUGAUUUGUGAAGGCAAAGAAUUUGAUCCGGCGCUUAAGGCCAUAAUUGCUAUUGCUAAUGCAGAAAGGAAGCCCAAGGCAACCCCGAAGCAAGAGAAAGGGGAAAAGAAGAGUAAAAUCACCGAGACUGAACCAGAAAAGAAAAUUGAUGUAUCCAAGCAGGCAUAUGUGGUAUGGGGGACGAUCAAACCACAUCGGCUGAAUGAGCCAGUGGUUAUUGGACGCAUACCACAGAAGCCAAA